AGUCCUGUGUAGUUCGAAUAGCGUACGGGAACAGGAGUGGAUCACGUCCGAGUGGAAGUGGACGUGUGUUUGGGGUUUAUUUGGAUAUAUUGAGUAGCGUGGAGAAAAUGAACCACAGCCGCAAGUGCGUCCUCUGUCAUCGGCUCGAUGAGACGAAGACAACUGGACCCUUAUCGAAGAAAGAGCAGGUCACUGCCCACCAGAACUGCCUGCUCUUUUCAUCGGGCAUUUUCUGCACCGACACGCCGCAGUUCGACGACCUGUUCGGCUUCUCUGUUGAAGACGUCCAGAAGGAGGUGAAACGAGGAAGCAAACUGCUGUGUAAACGCUGCAAGAAGAAGGGGGCCACAGCGGGGUGUGAGGUGAAGCGCUGUAAGAAGACCUUCCACUACCCGUGUGCCAUGGAAGAGGGAGCCACGACAUUUGAGGAUAAUGUAAAUGGGAAAUUUGGACUGUACUGCCGAAUGCACAGUGAUCCAGAAAAUCGCAAACCCAAAACGCCCCGACCCAAGAACCCCAAUAAAGCCGAAUCAUCAAAGACUUAUUGCCUCACCUGUGAGAGGAAAGAAGGAAAUAUCAGCGUGGACAGUUUAUCUAACAGCAUUGUUAUGAUGUUCUGUGCCCAACACGCUCCUUCGUCACUGCAGACGAAAGCCAACGGAGAUUCUUCAGCUGCCAUGUGGUCGUCCUCGUGCAGUGACUCAUCAAGUAUAUCACUUACCAAGAGACAGCUGAGUUUUGAUGAACAGGAAGAAGACGGUGUGUCCACGAAGAAACCAGUAAAAAGGAGCAGGAUGUUGUCCAAUGAUUCUUCAAACACAGAUGAGGAGGGACUUAUGCCGCCUUUGGAGUCAGACUUUGAGGAAAGUGCGACCUUUGUGCAGGAGCAUGAAUCAGCUCUCCCUCCACUCAUCAGCAGGGAGUCAGAAAAACCUUCAUGUUCCUCAGCAGGGCUUCCGGUAGCGAAUAUGAAUUCAGACUUCAAUAACAACGACGACACAGUCAUACACUCCGAUGCGGAGUCCGAGAGUUUGCUGUCCCCGGUGGCGGACGGCGCCGAGUUUUACCCGGCUCCCUCACCUCGAUCCGUACCUGACGAGCGUCUGCAGGUUCAGCUGACGGAGACAGCGGUGCAGACAAUAAAAAGAGAAAUUCAAGAGUUCAGAGUCGAGCAGCACGAAGAACACGUCAACGGAUCGUCCGUCCCUCAUCAGAGCGCCGCCGCCCUCGGCCCUUACCCAGAGCGCUCCAGCAGCGCUCCGCCGUCCUCCAGUUCCAACUUCAUCGCAACUCCACCCAGAUCCGACUGCGCGACUAUUAUCUCGCGCCCGUCCCCGUCCCGUUCAUCCGCCCCAUGCCUGUUCCCUCCCCACACUCCUCCUCGCUCGGAGCCCUCCUCCACCCGAGCACCUCCCUCACCUGUCGUCGACGCGGCCAGCAUCUGGAGGAACUGCAACACGGCUGGAUGCACGCAGGCCAUCUUCACUGAGUUUAUUAGAGAAAUUAACAACAUUUCCAGCAGAAUCCAGUGUGACCAGGCCAGCCAGGAGGAUUAUGACCGGGCGCUUUCAAUGAUGCUGGCUUCUGGAAGACUCACAGACCUCGUUACCAAGCAGCACGAAGAGUUGGAAAGGAGACAAGUGGAGCUGCAGCGUGCGUCGGCAUCUCUGAAGGAGGUCGUCUCCGCUCUGAGUCGUGGCACAGAGAGAAGCUACUUUUAAUCAGUGAUCUCCUGGUUUUAAUUUACAGUUUUACUCUUUAGUUUUUACAUUUUCAUAAGGAUAAGGAAAUUCAACUAACUGUGGUAAUAUCAAGCUUCCUAAUAUGUGAAAACAAUAUUUUUAAAUGUUCAUUUCUGGAAAGUUCCUUUUAUGUUCAGCUUAUUGAUUAAUGUAUAAAAAAAAAUUUUUUUCAUGUUUUAAUGCACUGUUGUUCAUUAUCAUGAGAUAAAAAUAUUCAACUACUGUGUUUAAAACUGAUUUUGUUUUUUUGUUUAUGUCCUGGAAGAUCACUGAGCCUUUUGCUUGUUUACAGAGACAUGUUCAGAGUUUGGUUUAAAGAGUCUGAAAUGUCAAAACUCUUAGCUUUAACACAGAGAUAUGCACACACGUUUGGUUACAAAUGUUUUUGAUAAAACGCUUUAAAUAUAUAUAUAUAUUAAAGUGUAAUUUGUGUGCUUUAUUUUUCUUCAUUUUGUGACUUUGUUCCGGAGCUCUCACAUGUUCCAUGGGCAUUUCAAGAAAAUCCACUCUCACUGAAAUAUUAUCCCCUUUGUGCACAGAAAUACUUUUUAACAAACCUCAAUUUAAUUCUGCAUCACAUUUUAUUGUGUUAGCACAUGGGUCAUUACAAAGUGUUGCACACUUUUGAAGUUACGUAAUAUCGUACAUGUUUUAUUUAAAAAAGUCUUUGUACUAAUAAGUGAAUGGAGAGUGCCACCACUAUGUUUGAGUGGGGAUGGUGCAGUGUUAGAUUUCGAUCAGAUUUUUUUGAUCUGCAUGUAAACAGAGUAGUUACAUUUUGGUUUUGUUUGACAUUUUCCUCGUUUGCUGUUUGCUACAGUGCCUUUAAAAAGUAUUCACCCCUUCAUACGGUUGAUCCUUUUAUUUCUUUAACGAAUCAAUCAUGAUCAACAUAAUUUGGCUUUUUUUUUUUUGGAAAAUACAAAGAAUUACCAAUGACCUCAUGGCUGCUUCUGUGAACUAUUCAAAUAUGCAUAUUAAAAAGCUAUUCUGGGGACGUGCUGUGGUGGCGCAGGGGGUUAGCACGCCCCACGCUUGGAGGCCCCAGUCCUCGACGCGGACGUCGCGGGU